GUCACGUCGAUGUAUCGCCACAAUCGCCUGCACUUUGUUUGAAUUUCGUGAGGUUUGAGCGCGGAUCGAGGUUUUGUGAAGAGUAUGGAAGAGUUUCGGUAGAGAAAAGUGCUCACGUAAGUUUUAGCUUUAGGGUUUGGAGAUAUUGAAAUUGCUGAGCGUCGGGUUUUAUGAGUUUUUGCGAGAGCUCUGAAUUGAUUUCUGCAAUGGGGUUUGUUGGAUUGAAUGUGGCAGCAGAUAGCGUUAGGAAGGGGAAGGAACUAUAAUUGAGGGAUGAUCUUAGGAAGUUGUUUUAAGCAUUUAACGGAGGAGGAGGAACUUGUGCGGGGUUCGCGCGUCUGCUGAGAAUCGGAAGAAGAAUUGUGCAGAGAUGGCAGUGCGUUGGUCGUCGAGGACGAGGCAGAGCUUGAAGUUUAUCGGCAAGUUGUCAAAUGAGGCUCCAUCCAAGCCAUUGCGCUCAUCGGGAGAAUUAAUACAUAGUUUUGAAUGUAAAGCAAACCCUUCAGACAGGUUUGGGCUAAGGUCUGCUGUGGUGGCAAGUUUGGUGUUCUGCACAACCUCGGGAGCCCUAUACACAGAGCAAUUGAAUGGGAGGCCUGAGAGGGAUGGUAUUGGUGGAGGUGUUACAACACCAUCGCAUGAGGGAGAAUCUGGACGGUUCAAUGAACCAAGGAGAACUCUGGAUUUGCCCCACUCUGGUGACAACGUACUUGGAUUUGUUACUUGUGAAGGCUGUAACUUGAAUAAUCGGACUCCAAUUGUUAGAGUGUCCAACGCGUCCCCGUUCCCAGGAUCAGCGGCAAAGAGUCCUUCCACUAAAGGUGCUUCCUUACCGUCCAAACAAGGAGGCUGCUUAAGUCGAUAUGCUAUUGCUGAUGCUGCAGCAAAGGCUGCCCCAGCUGUUGUUAAUGUCAAAGUCUCACUGGGUAGAAGAAAUGCUUUUUUUGGAGAAACGGCAGGCUCUGGGUUCAUAAUACAAUCAGAUGGUACUAUUCUGACAAAUGCGCAUGUUGUUGCUACUGAUCGGCGUGGUCUCCACAAAGGCUCGUUGAUUGUCACGUUGCAAGAUGGUCGGAAUUUCGAGGGUGAGGUGGUCAGCUUUGACUCUUUAUCAGAUUUAGCUGUGAUAAAAGUGAACUCAUCUAGGCCACUACCAGUAGUGAAGCUUGGAUCAAGCAAAGAUCUCAGGCCGGGUGAGUGGGUGGUUGCUUUGGGUAGUCCUCUUCAUCUACAAAAUACAAUAACAGCUGGUAUUAUCAGUUGCGUAGACCGCAAAAGCUCAGAAAUUGGACUUGAAGGAGUUGGGACUGGGUAUAUUCAAACCGAUGCUGCUAUCAAUCAGGGUAACUCGGGAGGACCAUUGUUAAAUCUUGAUGGUGAAGUGAUUGGCAUCAAUACGAUGAAGGCUUUGGCAGCUGAUGGUGUCAGUUUUGCUAUACCAAUUGAUUCCGCGAUUAAAAUAGUAGACCAGCUCAAAAAGCGCAGGCAUGUGGUACGGCCCUGGCUUGGCAUGAAAAUGUGGGAGCUCACUGAACCUAGAAUUUCGCAACUUAAGGAAAGAAGGCCUGGGUUUCCUGAUGUUAACGCAGGCAUACUUGUCUCUCAGGUAAUCCCUGGAUCUCCAGCAUUUCGAGCCGGAGUACUUAAUGAUGAUGUGAUAAUUGAGUUUAAUGGGGUUCCUGUUACCACCAUUGAUCAGAUCGUUGAAGCUUUAGGAGAUAAAGUUGGAACCUCAUUCAAAAUGGUGGUGAAGCGAAGAAACAAUGAGCAAGUUGUACUGCACGUUACUGCGGAGGAAGCCAGUCCAGACCUUUGAGUGGACAUCUUUAAUUCUUGGGGACUCUGUUAGCGAAGUAAGAGGAUUUCCCCUAGUUUUCUGUUGUAGUUUCUGGCUGACAAAACAGUAGAUGUACCAGCGGACUGAAGGGAUUAGUAUGAUUAGUCUCAGGACUUAAGACGGAUAGACACAGACUGGAGAGGGUAUUUGAAAAUGGUUCAAGAGAAUCCAGUGGAGCCCAUCAUCGAGGGGUGUAAGGUUUGGAGAAAUGUUUUGUUUUCCUCGUUUUGAGUAGAGCAUUACCGUAAGAGGUGUGUUGCGACUCACUCAACACAUAUAGCGUUGUAACUCA